AUGGCGGGCGCGGGGCUGCGGCCGCCGAGCUGGGGCCGGCAGGAGGCGGGCGCCCGGGCCGAGGCGGGGCGGUGUCGGUGCGCGCAGGGGCGGGCCGCCGCCCGGAGACCGGCCGUGCCUGCCGCGUGGACGCCCUUCAUGGCGGCUGAGGAGAUGCACUGGCCCGUCCCCAUGAAGGCCAUUGGUGCCCAGAACCUGCUAACCAUGCCCGGGGGUGUGGCUAAAGCCGGCUACCUGCACAAGAAGGGCGGAACGCAGUUGCAGCUGCUCAAAUGGCCUCUGCGCUUCGUCAUCAUCCAUAAGCGAUGCAUCUACUACUUCAAGAGCAGCACCUCGGCCUCCCCACAGGGCGCCUUCUCCCUCAGCGGCUACAACCGGGUGAUGCGGGCAGCCGAGGAGACGACAUCCAACAACGUCUUCCCUUUCAAGAUCGUGCACAUCAGUAAGAAACACCGCACGUGGUUCUUCUCCGCCUCCUCUGAGGAUGAGCGCAAGAGCUGGAUGGCCUUGCUGCGCAGGGAGAUCGGGCACUUCCAUGAGAAGAAGGAGCUGCCCCUGGACACCAGCGACUCCAGCUCGGACACUGAGAGCUUCUACGGUGCAGUGGAGCGGCCUGUGGACAUCAGCCUGUUGCCGUACCCCACGGACAACGAAGACUACGAGCGUGACGAUGAGGACGACUCGUACAUGGAGCCUGACUCCCCCGAGCCCACGAAGCUGGAGGAGGCCCUGACCUACCCACCUGCCUACCCGCCACCGCCAGUGCCCACGCCCAGGAAACCAGCCUUCUCCGACUUGCCCCGUGCCCACUCCUUCACCUCCAAGGGCCCAGGCCCCCUGGUCCCACCCCCACCCCCUAAGCGUGGCCUCCCGGAUGCCGGCCCCGCCCUGGAAGACUCCCAGAGGGACCUGCUGGGCCUGAGGAGGCCUGAGCCCAGCCUCAGGGUGCCUGCCACUCCCCGAAGGAUGAGUGACCCCCCUCCAGGAAGCAUGCCCACUGUGCCCAGCCUCCGCAAACCCCACUGCUUCCGGGAGAGCGCCAGCCCCAGCCCGGAGUCCUGGGUCCCUGGUCACAGUGCCGGCUCUGCCUCCAGUUCAGCCACCUCCAGGAACUGUGACAAGCUCAAGUCCUUCCACCUGUCUCCCCGGGGGCCACCCACCUCGGAGCCCCCUCCUGUCCCGGCCAGCAAGCCCAAGUUCCUGAAGACACCUGAGGUGGCCCCCCCGGGGGAGGCAGCCAGGCCUGGACUCUUUGUGCCCCCGGUGGCCCCCAGGCCUCCUGCACUGAAGCUGCCCUUGCCUGAGGCCACAGCUCGUCCCGCAGUGCUGCCCAGGCCAGAGAAGCCACCGCUCCCUCGCCUCCAGCGGUCGCCCCCCGAUGGGCAGAGUUUCAGGAGUUUCUCCUUCGAAAAACCCCGGGCGCCCUCGCAGGCUGACACUGGAGGGGAGGACUCCGACGAGGACUACGAGAAGGUGCCGCUGCCCAGCUCAGUGUUCAUCAACACCACGGAAUCCUGUGAAGUGGAAAGGCUGUUCAAAGCCACAGGCCCCCAGGGAGUACCCCAGAAUGGCCUGUACGGCAUCCGAAACUCUUCCACCAAGUCUGGGAAGGUUCUGGUCGUGUGGGACGAGACGUCUAACAAAGUGAGGAACUACCGCAUCUUUGAGAAGGACUCCAAGUUCUACCUGGAGGGUGAGGUCCUGUUCGUGAGCAUCGGCAGCAUGGUGGAGCACUACCACAGCCACGUGCUGCCCGGCCACCAGAGCCUGCUGCUACAACACCCCUACGGCUACGCCGGGCCCCGGUGACACCUGCCCACACGGCUGCUGGACGAAGGUGGCCAAGGGUGCCGCGGCCCCAGAGCUCGCAGGUGGAGACCGAGUGGGAGGGUGAGCCUCUCCUGCGGGCAGCUUGCUGAGUUCGGCCAAGCCGCACCCAGCGGGCUCCAGAGGACCGGAGGACUCUGCUGCCCCACUCAGCCCUGUACUGUCGUACCCUCCGGAGCUGAGGCCCGCACUGAGCCCUGCCUGGGCAUUGAGGACAGGAGUCUGGGCAGGGCUGGGCAGUUGACAGGGGCCAGGGCUGGCCCUGGGACCUCAUUGGAACACUAAGACGCAGGCUCCAGGAGGGGCCGUAGCCUUCUAAUAAAUCAGAGUUGACCUU